GAAAAUUAAUAAGUGCAAUAAAGGAAAACCUAAUAAAAUGUAAAGGAAUAUGGAUCAUUCAAUUUAGUUUUUAGUUAAUUUAUUAGAGUGAGUAAUUUGUGUUUUAAACUCUUCGCUGAGCGAAUAAUUAGUUUCAAUAUUAACUAUUAAGUAUCGUUUGCCAGUUAAAUAAAGUGCUUUAAGUAUUCGAAUACAAUAUACUUACUCGAUACAAUUUGUUAUAAAUCAAUACUUCAAAAUGAACGUUGUUAAUACAGGCAGACAUAGAAAGAUAACAGAAAAUGAUUUUGAAAUAAGAAGGCCUGGUCAAUAUAAGGUACCUCGUGUUAAAAAGAGUCAGUCGGAUAUCAAACAAACAAAUUCAGACAACCAAUCGAAAAAAUGUGACUAACGAUGGAAGCAUAGUUCGUUCUCGUUUGGUGUGUAGAUCUGAUUUACUAACGUCUGGUGACAAAAUUAAAGUAAUAUCAGAUGUGGAAACAGAAAGCGUAUUAAAAUGGACUACGUCAUCUUCUACAUCGAGACAAAUAAUCCAUACAAACAGUUCUAAGCUUCCAACGUCGAUGGAAAAUGACAGUAAUUUCGUACCAAAAUACGACAUAAGCCAACAAAUUGAAGACUUGAUAGUCAAAAGCAACACUCCUCGUCAACUUAUUAAAACUGCAUCAUCUGUAAAUUCAACUAGGUGUGUUCCUGUGGUUUCGCAAGGUUUGCGAAACAAAUUGCGUAAUCCUAAACUAACAAAAAUAUCAGAUAAUAGAAAAGAAAUAACUAAUACUGUUAUAUUAGGUUUGACAGAAGGUAGAGGUUCAGCUCAAGGUGAAAUCGGUUUGGCAGCAAUUGAUUUAAAAAGACCAGUUUUAAUUUUAUCUCAAAUAAGUGAUACUCAAACGUAUAUGAACACUAUAAAUAAAAUAAAUAUUUUAAAUCCUGCAGAGAUAUUAAUUCCGAAAACAUUUAUGGAUCAAAUGCAAGGUACUUUAUUGUUUAAUACAAUUAAAAACCAAUUUCCAUUAAGCUCUAUAAUUACUGUAUCACGGAAACAUUUUUGUGAAAAUGAUGGUAAACUUUAUUUGAAGAAUUCUGUAAUACCAGAAUGUGCUUUAACAUUGGAACAAGUGUUGCCAAAAUUUUACGCAGUAUCUGCCGCAGCAGCGUUAUUGAAACAUAUUGAAUUCAAUCAUAAUGUUACAUUUUCAUCAAAUACGCUAAAUAUUGAGUACAAAGGAAUUGAAAAGUCUAUGUUUAUUGACCCAAAUUCAGCAUUGAGACUAGAGUUAGUUUUGAAUAGUUCCUUAAAUUCAAAAAAUACUCUCUAUGAUGUUUUAAACCAUUGCAUAACAGUUGGAGGCGAGAGAAGAUUGAGGUCUUCAAUUCUUCAACCUUCUAGUGACAUUCAGUUGAUACAUAAUCGCCAAGAAGCCGUAGAAGAAAUUUUAAACAACCAAGAACAAUAUUUGACAUUACUUAAGAACGUAAUUCAAAAGUUCACUGACGUCGAACAACUAUAUUGGUUAUGUACCAAAGUUUCUAAGAACACUCAACACAUGUCUAAACUACAAGGGAAUUAUACUUUGCUAUUGAAAACCACUUUGAUAGCAUUACCUUCCCUUGUUGAUAUUUUAAAACCAUUUAAAUCUGAAUUUAUUUCUGAUAUACGCAAAAAAUUAUCAUGUUCCGGAUACUCAAAAAUGUUAGAAAUAAUUGAAACGACAAUAAAUAAAGAAUCUACUAGAUCAAAAGGCUUUUCACAAUCGCAGUUUCAAAGAUGUUUUGCAAUAAAGUCUAAUUUGAAUCCUUUAUUAGAUGUCGCUCGUACUAUUUAUAGUGAAUUAAUUAAAGAGUUUCAUGAUAAAGUUAAAGUUUUGGGUGAACAACUGGGGACAGAACAUUUAUUCCUACAAAAUUCCAAUAAAAGAGGAUUUCAUGUUCAGGUAGAACUAAAAAAUUUAAAAAAUUUUAACGUCAAACAUCCUCCAAGUAUUUGUAAAAACGUGGAGUGCAUAAAAAAUCUUGUAAAAUUUACAACAGAAGAUUUAAUAGUACUAAAUAUUCGUAUAACUCAAGUACUGAAUGAAGUGGAAUCGUUAACUAAUGCAAUGUUGUUUGAAAUGCUAAAAGAAUUAAGAAAGUAUAUGAGUUGCAUUUACGAUCUGUGCAAUAGUGUUGCUGAAUUAGACUUAAUAUUUUCAUUUGCUCACUAUAGUAUGCGUUCAGGAUUAAUUAGACCGAAGUUUGGACAAUACAUGAGUGUUAAAAAUUCUAAACAUCCAAUAUUAGAUUUGAUUAAUUCAGUUGUACCAGUUGAAAAUGAUAUUUUCGCUUCAACUGAUAAGAAUUUAAGUAUUAUCACCGGGCCAAAUAUGGGUGGAAAAAGCAUUUACAUACGUCAAGUAGCAUUAUUACAAGUUAUUGCCCAGAUUGGAUGUUUUGUUCCUGCAACAGAAGCUCAGUUUCGAAUUUGUGAUCGAUUAUUCACAAGAAUAGCUUUUGGAGACAGUAUUGAAUCGAAUGCAUCUACUUGGGUUUUAGAGAUAAAAGAAUUAAAUGGAAUACUUCCUUCACUUACAAGACAUAGUUUAGUUAUUAUUGAUGAAUUGUGUCGAGCUACUUCUUGCGAAGAAGGAUCCAGUUUAGCAUGGGCGAUUUGUGAACAUAUAAUGCAAUCCUGUGCAUUUAUAUUCUUUGCUACGCACAAUAUUUUUAUAACAAAACUUCAAGACUUGUACUGCAAUGUACUCAAUUAUCACAUGGAGGCAUUAUUUUCUUCAAGUGGUUUAUCUUACACUUACAAAUUACGAUCAGGAGUAACGAAUAUUGAUGACUAUGGAUUAACUUUGGCUAGGGAUGUAAAAAUGCCUGAAUACUUAGUCGAACAUGCUAUACAAAUUGAAAAAUGUUUACGUCAAACAAAAAUAGCUUUGCCAAAUAACCCAUCAAAUGAAGCAGACCUGAUUUUGGAUGAUUGUAUUCAAAAACUUUUAUUUAUGAAGGAUAAUAAUACUCUUGAUAUACUUGACAUGAAAUUAGCUGUAUCACAAAUGAUGGAUGAAUUGAAAGAAAAUAGAAAAAAAAAAAUGAAUCCAUUAAUGGAAUUAAUCAGUUCUGAUGAUGAAAGUUUUACUGAAAUAAUAUAGGUGACAUUAGCAUACUUUCAACAAAUAAUUCCACCUUUAUGUAAUAUUGC